UAUAUCAUAAAUUAAAAAUGGCAUUGGGGUGAAGGAUUGCUUCCCGAGUCCCGGAUGGAGCUCGCCUUGAGCGGGAACGCCCUCAGGAGCUUCAACCGCUCCAUCACUUGCCUCGCGCGCGUCGGCACCGAGCUCGUCCUCCAGGCCUCCCCAUCCAAAUUGGAGCUGCACACCCUGAAUUCAUCGCGGACCGCGUACGAGACCAUCUCCUUCAAGCCCGACUUCUUCGACGUCUACUCUCUCUCCUCGUCUUCGAUCAUCCAAUGCAGCGUCCUCCUCAAGUCGGUUUGCUCCAUCCUCCGCACGCCCGUCGCCUCCAUCGACCGCCUCUCCGCCCUCCUCCCCUCCCCGGACUCCCCCAAGCUCCAGUGGUCCCUCCAUUGCCUUAAUGGUGUGAGGAAGAUGUAUUGGAUCAGCUGCAACGUAGAGCCCGAAAUCCAGCAGCUGUCCCUCGACCGGUGGCGCUUCCCCAGCAACCUCGUCGUGAGACCACGUGACCUCGCCCGGCUGCUCGCAAAUUUCCAGUCGUCGCUGCAGGAGAUCACCGUCAUCGCGACCGAGCCCUUGUGUGUGCUGCCUGAUGAUGGGGGUGACAUUGGGGGGAAGGCUGUGGAGCUCCGGAGUUACAUUGAUCCUACUAAAGAUAAUAGUGAUUCGGCGUUGCACACGCAGCUCUGGAUUGAUCCGGCAGAGGAGUUCUUGCAGUAUACACAUGUUGGGGAUCCCGUGGAUGUCACAUUUGGUGUGAAGGAGUUGAAGGCAUUUCUAUCAUUUUGUGAAGGAUGUGAGGUUGACAUUCACCUAUUUUUUGAUAAAGCUGGCGAACCUAUCCUAAUGGCACCAAGAUUUGGGUUCGAUGAUGGGUCAAAUUCAGAUUUUGAUGCAACACUUGUUCUUGCUACCAUGCUUGUAUCACAACUUCAUGAGGUCAAUACGGCAGAUCACCCAUCAGUUGCUCAGGGGCCACAAUCGCAACGUGCUAAGGCUGCCAAUGCAUCAACAGUUGAGCAUCCUUCUGACCACACUAAAAUCUGGUCAGAUCUUUCAGGAAGUGCUGCCAGAAGCUCAGAGAGUACCAGAGAAAGACAGGCUCAGAUGGAAAGAAAUCCAAGUUUUAGCAUGCAGAAUGGCAUCCAAAGGACUAAUGCAAUGAAUGUAUCGCCACCUGCACAACAGAAUGCACCUAUACAGCAGCCUAUGGAAACAGAUCAUGCGAACGAACCUCAAGAUAGAGCAGCAGCGAAUGUUAAUUCCUAUUCACAGCAUCAUCUAAGUAACUGGGUAGGUGCAGGUGAUAAUGAGGAGGAGGAGGAUGAGGAUGAAAUGUAUGUUCAAUCUACACCUCAUUAUGAUGAUUAAGAGUAGCAAUAGUGGGUCUAUUUUCCUAACAAAGGAUUAUGGCUACUCAAUUUUGUAGCGUAAGUUAAAUGUACACUUUUCACAGACAAGGAUCUUGAUUUUGAGCAUGCAGUUCAUUUUAGUCCUGAGACACAAUUGCUAGGAAACAGCUUAAAUGACACUUUUAUAGAUUUUAUGUUUUAUUUUAACCUGAUGAAUGACAUAAUUUGUAACCCUUAUCUCUGCAAACAAUAUCAUGCUAUAGAUCAUGACAUUGAGCUUGUGAUCGGAUGUGCAGUAAUUAGUUUCUUUUCCCAAA